CACAGCGGUUAUGACAAUGCCAAGGAGCAGGAGCCGCUUUUUUUUUAUCCACUUACCAUUUGAACGCGACUUUGACGCCCUGCUCGUUCACCGGAAACCGCGGCUCCAGCGUCUCCAGAUGCGUGUAAUACCGGUAGAUGAGGUCCCUGCCAGUGUUGUCGGGCCCUGCGCCGCGCAUGUCCUGGCGCAUACGCUGCAGCCGGUUGCAGUCCUCGCUAUAUGCUUCCGGGUCCUCCUGGUACUGGGUGCUAAUGUACCGCUUUAGCGCUCGCGCCCAGUCGACUUCGCUGGUCUGCUUGAACGGAAUAGCAAUACACGGCGGACGGUCCAUUUGAAGGGCUCUGUACGAUUUUUUUUAAAAUUGUUGAAGGUGAAGAAUAAAAAGAAGCUGGUGUGGAGAAGGAGACAGGGUAUUUAAAAAAUGCCAGCGAACAAGCGAGCCUUUACUGCCCUCCACACGUCAGCAGGCCCUGCCUGAGAGCAUGAUUUCCCUCCUUUUCUGGCCACCCACUCUUGGCGAGCUCACUAGACUGCAGCGGGAUGAGGGGCGCUGGCCGUUUCCGUAUUCCCAAGUUGCGCAUUCCGCGUUCGUGGUUGGCCUUGACAUGCACCAGACCCGAGUCACGCACAGAGGCUACAUGGAGCAUGUGCAGCAGCUGAACAAAGACGUUUUUAAUGUAGGGCUGAGAAAAAAAGGAGGGCUAGUGGAAGGAGGUAGGGGAGGGGAGGGCUGGAGAAGCCGAGACAUGGGACGCCCAGUGUGCAGAUGCGCUCAGACGAAGGCGCAGGGAUUACAACACGCAUAUCACAUCAUGGACGCUGCCGCCACAUCCUCAGCAAUGCUCGAAGAAACCGGCGCAUUCGAGGCACCCGCUGCAUUCCCAAUGGCGCCCUCUAUGUGUGGGGGCACCAUGCUGUGGGCCGCCGCCAUAGCCGCCACCGCUGGAUUGAACAUGCUGUCGCUCAUCUGCGCUCCAGAUACCAUUGGCAUCGGGCCGGCAAAACUGACAGCAGCAGCCGCAGCAGGGUUGCCCAUGUUGCGCAUGGCCUGCAUACUCUCCUGCCGCUGCCGCAGCAUCAUCAGCUGUUGCUGGACAGCUGCACUCUGCGCUCCGCUGUUGCCACUGCCAGCUGCUAUCAUCUGUUGUGUUUGUU